UCAUAUCGAGGUUAAAUAUCGAUUGCUAUUGUCUAGAAGUGUUCGUUUGUCUUGCUAGCGUUUGGAGCAGGCAGACUUUGGUCUGGAAAAUUAAAUAAUGGCUCAACCUCCACCAAAACCGUGGGAAAGGCGAAUCCCUGGAACUAUAACUGCACCACUAAACUAUCGCUCUACUGGCUUUGGAUCAGCAGCACAGAGUGGGCCAUCCAUGUCUGGUCCUCCGGUUCUAACACGCGUUGUACCUCCCAUCCCUCCAAGACCUGUCCAACAAGCAUACCGUCCUACCUAUAGCUCUUUUCCCUCUUCAUACAGUCCCUAUGGUAGCUCCAUCCAUGGGGGGUACAGCCCCUACAGUUACAGUGGUUAUGGAGUUGGAGGUGGCCUUGGGUAUAACCGUUACCAAACAGAUGAUGUUCCACCCAGCCGGUUUGUCCAGCAGGCAGAGGAGAGCAGCCGGGGAGCGUUUCAGUCCAUUGAGAGCAUUGUUCAUGCUUUCUCAUCAGUCAGCAUGAUGAUGGAUGCUACUUUCUCUGCUGUCUACAACAGCUUCCGUGCAGUACUAGAUGUGGCCAAUCACUUCUCUCGCAUGCGUGUUCAUUUCACAAAGGUGCUGUCCGCAUUCGCCCUUGUUAGGACCCUUCGAUACCUAUAUCGUAGACUACAGAGACUGCUGGGAUUGCGUCAGGAUUUGGAGGCUGAUGACUUGUGGGCGGAUAGCACAGCCUCUUCUGUGGUGUUGGCUUCAGGAACCAGGGGUGCAGGGAUAGAUGACCCCAGUGCGAAUUCUGUCAAAUCAUGGCCCAUUUUCUUGUUUUUUGCUGUAGUUCUUGGUGGGCCAUAUUUGAUCUGGAGGCUUUUGAGAUCUGAGGGUCCUGAGGAAAAUACCAGUAAGUGGGCAAGUGGGGAAGAUGACCAUGUGGUUGCACAAGCCGAGUACGACUUCACAGCUUCGUCUGAGGAGGAGAUCUCACUACAGACUGGAGACAUGGUUAAUCUGGCCCCUAAAGAACAACAGCCCAGAGUGCGUGGCUGGCUGUUGGCUAGCAUAGACGGGCAGACCACUGGCCUUGUCCCUGCCAACUACGUCAAAGUGUUGGGCCGGAGAAGAGGCAGAAAGCAUGCAGAAUUAGAUAGGCUGGCACAGGCCCAGCAAACUGCUCAGAACUUUCCAGCACCCCAAACUGGCCUGGCUAUAUCCUCUGCUUGGGCUCCCAGCUCCAAGCUGGCUGUCCCAAGCCCUUCAGACCAUGAUGAGUUGCUGGAGUCUGUUUAUGGGGAUACACAAGGCCCUCACACUGUCCUCGAGAUGCAACCUUCCACAAACAACAACAGUAAUAGUGUAGUGAUAACUUCGGAAAAGAUAGACUUAUAACAUGUAUGUGUGGGAAGGCACGUGUGCAUAUAUAUGUGUGUUGGUGUGAGCUUAGUUGGGGAAAAACACUGUAUGACCCUCUAUACAAUUUGUUCUGACAACUGGAAGAAGGCGAGGAGCUGAUCAAAUGUGGAGGCCUUGAAGGGGUAGUUAAUGAGUCAUACUAAACUCUCUGAUAAUCAGUGGAAUGUAUCAUAUGAACAGCACAGCUGAGCAGUGAAUUAAAUUAUUUCAGUGAACUGAAAGGCUCACAGCCUUUAUUAGUAAGCGUUAAAAGUUUGUUCUUCCAACAAAAGGUUGUGUAUUUCAACAUUAUAAAUCGUCAGUUUGUUAAUACGGGCCUAUGAAAUGAUUUUGAACAAUAACUUGGAAAAAAUGAUUUAAUUCAUUUGACUAAGUUUACUUCAAAAGUAUACAUAGUAAUGCAUUUGAUUAGAUUUAAUUGUAAAAUAACAGUUAAUGUGCACUCUCAGAUCAAUUUAAAUUUGUAAUGUAAUAUAACAAAUUCCAUUGUAGGGGAAAUUUCACAAUAAGAGAAUACUAUCCCCAUUCUAAUAUAAGAGUUUUAGUAAUUUUACAUCUUCCUGUAAUGGCGUAUUUAAUGUGUCCAUUUUUUAAGGUGUUAUGCCAUCAUUAUCAUGUUAUGGUUUGUGCAUUUGUCUGUUCAAGCUUGUUUGUUCUCUCUUACAAUGAACGCAAUGCGCAAUUAUGUAAAUAUAAGCAAUUAUUUUGUCAGUAAAACUUCAAGA